UCUCAGACAGCUGAAGCCUCUCCAAAACAGAAGACACUCUAAUAAAUUAUUAGGAUUAUUAAAAUACUCCGAUAAAUAGUCCACAGGCAUCCAAAUUAUGAGUUAAUUUAUGAGGAACACCAGUGAUAAAGUUGUAAAGAAGGAAGACGGAGAGGUGAUGGAGAAAUCGCCACGAAGUUAGACCCAAACAGAUGAACAUGAGGAUUUUAAAAGAAGGGACGGAGAAGGUUUUCAUGCUUUAUGGGAUGUAAAUAACUUGUCGCUUCUACGAUGCAGAAGAGAUGGAUGCGUCGGAAGUUGCCCGUCUUGAUCUUCACCUUCUUCAUCAUUCUUUAUGUGGAUUUCCAAUUACGCACCAGCAGUCUUCCCAAACUCAGCGCGGCUCCUCACCAUCAGUCACCCGGCGCGCUCCAGCGCUCCAUCCAGCAGGCUCCACCAUCCCCGGCCAAGGACGCGCAGAACCCGGCGAGCACCAGCAGCAGCACCGGCGUGAGGAGAGGACAGCCGGCCGCUGAAGGUGCACAUGUCACCCAGCCGAAACUGAGGCAGGAGGAUAUUUUCAUCGCUGUGAAGACCACCGGGAGGUUCCACAGGACGCGUCUUGCGCUCCUGUUGGAGACGUGGAUCUCCAGAACCAAGGCGCAUACGUUCAUUUUCACCGACACGGAGGAUGAGGAUUUACAUUCAGAAGGUUACAACGUGGUGGUCACAGGCUGCCAGUCAGACCACAGCCAGCAGGCCCUGUCCUGCAAGAUGUCUGCAGAGUACGACGGCUUCAUGGCUUCAGACAAGAGGUGGUUUUGUCAUGUGGACGAUGAUAACUACGUGAAUCCGGAGGCGCUCCUGUCCCUGCUCUCAGCCUUCCCUCAGGAUGGCGACAUCUACGUGGGCAAACCGAGCCUGGACAAGCCCAUCACUGCUCACGAGCUGCUGGAGGGCAAUGCAACGAGGGAAGUGCGAUUCUGGUUUGCAACAGGAGGAGCAGGAUUCUGUCUGAGUCGGCGGCUGGCGGAGAAGAUGGCUCCAUGGGCCAGAGGCUCACGUUUUGAGCAGACGUCGGCGACAAUCCGUCUCCCUGAUGACUGUACGGUGGGCUUCAUCGUGGAGAAGAGGCUCGGCAUCUCCAUGGUCCACUGUCCUUUAUUCCACUCCCACCUGGAAAACCUGCUGCUCAUCAGCCACAGAAGCAUAGCACACCAGGUGACUCUGAGCUAUGGGAUGUUUGAGAACAAGAUGAACAGCAUCGAGGUGAAAGGAAGCUUCUCUAAAGAGGACGACCCCUCCAGGUUUAAGACAGUCCACUGCAUGCUGUAUCCUUUCACCAGCUGGUGUCCUUGAACUCUUCACGGAAAACUACAACUUCUGAACACACACGGGAUGAGACUGGUAAUCCUGCUGGAUCAAGUACUUUUCCUGGGUAUUUUAUGCAUGCAGAGAAAACUGAUGGAUUUAAUUUCAAGGAACAGACACCAGAAUGGGAGAAGAAAGAAGUGAAGCCUCCUGUACCUGCUUUACAGAGCGAUCAGAUGGACACUCCUGGACCCAGAAAAUGAAGAAAAUAGUGAUUUUUUGUUUGCUUUUGUUUGGAGGAUUUAUCUGUGGGCAUGAUGCACUUAAGACAAGGCAGCACUUGUGGUUUUCACUGGAACUUCAUCAAGUUGUUUUGUUUACAAAAAUGAACAUGAAAUUGUACAUAAAUCUAGAAUUUACAUAAAUGUCUAUAGUGAUUUAAUAAAAGUUUGACUUAUAUUUUGUUUGUUUUACUAUUGCUUCAUGAUCAUCAGAACUGCUAAAAUUUUAAAAUUGCACAGUCUGCACGGAUGUGGCCUGAAU